UCGGGGGGGGGGGGGAAUAAAUCUGGAGACCUUCACCAAAAGGAGGGAAAAAUAUCCAAUUUUCAUCGCAAAAUUAGCUAGGGCGAGAGCAAAGGGCUGAGCUAAUUGUAGCCUAAUCCUCUGCCCUGCAGGCGUUUGCAAAGCCCUGAGCAAGAAUUCGCUUUUUUUCCUCCUCUUCUCCCUUCCCUCUGUUAUUUAGAGACGGGAUUAUUGCCUUUCUUCUCAUAACAGCCUCGGCAGUUUCAUUUAAAGGCUUUCCCCCCCCCCCCACACACACAUCCACACACACACGCGCAAAAUAAAUAGAAAAAAGAAGCAGCAAAAACAGAGAGGAGGAGAGCGAGAGGAGAGCGAGCAGCUUUAAAAAUAAUAAUAAUCACAGCAGGAUCUGCGGAGCAAAGAUAGUAAUAAAAGCAAAAAGCUGAGCCCAUCCACACACAAACCCAACAGAGCCCAAAGCCAAAGGGGGGCUCGCAGAUCUCUUCUGUGCUCAAGGAGGGAAGAAGCAUGUCCCGUCUGUCUCUAACACGGUCCCCGGUUUCUCCUCUGGCUGCUCAAGGAAUUCCUCUCCCAGCUCAACUGACCAAGUCGAACGCUCCCGUGCACAUCGAUGUAGGAGGACACAUGUACACCAGCAGCCUGGCUACCUUGACAAAGUACCCAGACUCCAGAAUAAGUCGUCUGUUUAAUGGCACAGAGCCUAUUGUCUUGGACAGUUUAAAACAACAUUAUUUCAUUGAUCGAGAUGGUGAAAUUUUCAGAUAUAUAUUAAGCUUCCUAAGGACAUCUAAGCUACUGCUCCCAGAUGACUUUAAGGACUUUAAUCUUUUAUAUGAAGAAGCAAAGUAUUACCAGCUGCAGCCAAUGAUUAAGGAACUUGAGCGAUGGAAACAAGAGAAAGAACAAAGGAAACACUUCCAGCCUUGUGACUGCUUGGUUGUAAGAGUGACUCCAGAUCUGGGGGAAAGAAUUGCAUUGAGCGGGGAGAAAGCUUUAAUAGAAGAGAUCUUCCCGGAGACUGGGGACGUCAUGUGUAACUCCGUAAACGCAGGCUGGAACCAGGACCCUACCCACGUUAUUAGGUUUCCUUUGAAUGGAUACUGCCGGUUGAAUUCAGUGCAGGUGCUCGAAAGGUUAUUUCAGAAGGGAUUUAACGUGGCAGCUUCGUGCGGUGGUGGGGUGGAUUCCUCUCAGUUCAGUGAAUACGUGCUGUGUCGCGAAGACAGACGACCACAACCUACCCCAACAAUCAGAAUAAAACAGGAGCCCCUGGACUAGACCCUGCCCGUACUCCUUUGUAACCGUAGAAGUGUUUAAUAGUCCCUUAUGUGAAACACUAAGGAUUUGCAAAACAGUAUUAGCAAACAGAUUUUGACUUUAUGUUGCCAAUUAGUGGUAUUCUGAAACUACCUGUCACAUAGCCAGCCAUGAAAUGCAUUUGAAAAUCCAGUUGUCCGUUUUUCACGAUGAAAUUCCUGAGCGUGCUCAGCGUACCAGGCCUGCUGGGAAUGGACUUUGGGCUGAACAGCUGUGGUGGUGAAAAAGGCAAAGCUUCAUAAACCCCUGACCCUAGAUUGGACUUCUGCAGAAAGACCAGUUAAAGCAAUGUGAAUAGAUCAGCAGGAGAAACGGUUCCGACAGCCUUUCCAACGAUACCCGAUGCUGUGACGCGUGGAAGUGGGCGCCUCCGAGAGGAAGAUGGUACACUAAAAACUGCACCGAGUAUCUUCCCUGACUGCCGCACCUCCUUCAUAUCAGACGUGCUUUACACCUCCAUACAUUACGUUAACACUUCUGUGAUUGUACUCACUCAUGCUAGCAAAUGGCUUAUUUUUAUACAACAUUUCCAACUGAAAUAUCUCUCUGUGGACAGAAUCCAGAAUCAGAAAAGGACUGACUUAUAGUCAACUGGUGCUCAGUUCUAAAAAAACCCACACAAAUGAAACAAAAAAGCAACAAAAAAUUUGACGAGGCCGUUUAUGGCAAUAUUUGCAGAAGUAGGGAUCUGGAAGCACAAAAUAAAAGGUCAUCCACCAUCACACAAGGGUCAUACCUAACGUGGAGCUGUAGUUCUCUUAAAGCCAGUCUCGUUUUGUCUCAGAAACUGUUAAGUUUUGCAUCAUCAAAGAAGCGUGGUUCUGCCAAGCAAGCUCUGCCACCCCUUGUUACUCGUUUACUAACAAUGUUAUAAGCCCACAUUUAGGAGGAAACAUUAAUAAUUUUGGACAAGCCCACUCUUUAUGGGUCUGGAAUUUUUGCAAAAAGAUACUAAAACCCUCUACUGCCAUUGUCUGAUGAAAGCAGGCCACCUUUUGUUUAGAUUGUUUUUCCUCUAUUAUUUUAAACUAUUAUUAAAAUACCGAUUCUGUAGCUGCCCUCUAUCUGUGUAAUUUUCUCUUUAACGAAGCCCGCUGUCUGCAGGAGGUUACUGCUCCUUCCGUGAAUCGGUAUCAGCUCCGACUUGCAGGGCUUCCUAACUCAGGAGACAGCACCGUGUUUGCAGGUGCAAGGUUAUAAAUAGCAUUCUGCUAAAUCCUGUUUAUUGCUGUUUAGCGUGAUUGGGUCCUCAAAAACUAAUUCAUGUGUUAAUCACAAUUUAGUUUCUCCCACAUUAAUUUAUAGAAUACUGGUGUAGAUGCUGAAUUUUAAUUAAACUCUUUUUAGAUGCAUAAAUACGGCCGUAUAGAACAAGGGACAGAGUAUUAAGUGGUCAACAAUUCUUUAAUGCCAAACAAUCAGGCAAAAUAAAAAAAAUCGUGUUUAAGACUAAUAUUUUCAAAAGCGAUGAGCUGUACUGACUACCCAAGGUACAAUCUAGGCAGGGGUCUAAUUUUUGGAAAAGGGCUGGAUACCUGUCUGUGGAAAAUCAGACCUCUGCAGGUUUUCUCACCUUGGUUACCCAACUCGGAAAUCUCUUCUGGAAAUCUUAGCCGAUACGUGUUGGCCUGCUAACUUAGCAGAACAGUUGAGCAGAUCUGUCUACUUUAAAAGAGUUGUAAAGUUAUUUUAUUUUGUGUUUUUAUACUUGUACAACAUUCUAAAGUUGCUAGGCGUUGCCGUAUUUGAAUAUAUGGCACAACAUUCACCUUUGUAUGUAAGAUAUCUGUAGAAUUGUAUAUUAUACAUUUAAUAUUGUAAAGAACUUAACGUAUAAUUGUCAUGUAUUUGUGUAUGCACAUUUCUUAUACAGUACUUCAUGCCAUAAACAUUUCUGUAAAGUAAAUGAUCAAAAAUAAGCGAGUAGGGUGGAACACUCACUGUAUCUCCCACGUUGUUUGAAAGAGGUGAGAAUUUUUGAUUGCAUCUCCUCUGGCCCUUUGCUCCAUUCAGCUUGAUGUAGCCAUGUCUUACAAAAAG